UUGUUCGUUAAUUUCAUUUCAUUUUCAAUUUCAAUCGGACUGUGCAAGAACUGCUAGAAGCUAGAGUAAUAGUAGAAUUAUCGAGAACUACAUUUAUUGACCAGUGGUAUGCAUAUUGCAUUUUAAUAUUUAAUAUUUAUCGUUGUAAACUCUGACAAAGAGACAAUAAAGUCGAGGCAAGAGAAAACAACGGUAUAAAGUUUUAAAGUUUUUUGUUGUUCAGAGAAGAACCGUCGUAAUGGAGAUACAAGUCAGAAGGAAACCAAAUGUUCAUGACCAGGAAAACGUGUACGGGCCAAAGGAUGUUGGCGUUUCAGUUCCUCUGAAGUUGGGGUUGAAUGUUCGAGGGGCACUUGGAGAGCUCAACUCAAACACGACUUUCGCAUCAAAGCCUGCCAACACUAUCAUCAAGGGUUCUAUUCCCUGCGAAACUGAAAACAAAAUACGACGAUCUGGCCGAAGCUAUAAACAUGUUCAAUCCAAAGUUGACACUGGAUUGUCUAUUAGGCCAGUUCAGCCAUCUUCAAGACCACCUCUUCGAAGAGAGGAAAGCACAGGCAGCCUUGCAGCUCGAGCAGUGGUAUCUAGAGCUGCAUUGAAGGAUGCACAGAACAAGUCAACUGAAUUAAAAGAAAGGGUAAAUGUAUUUGUGCAAGCUAAGAAAGUUACGCAGGUGAAGAAAAAACUCCCCACUCUUAAAGAAAAUGCCAAAGAAGUUAAGAGCUUACUUAAUCCUAUCAGAGGACCAACAGAAUCACUCUGCAAUCUCAAACUGGGCGAUGAUGUAUCUACAAAAGCUAAGGAAGUGGAGCCUAUUCCCAAGCUACCCAUUGAAAUUGAAGACAUUGAUGCUGGUGAUAUUGAUAAAGUAAAUCUUCUGUCAUACUACAUUAAGGACAUAUAUAGAUAUCUGACUAAACUCGAGACAAAGUAUGCUAUUAAGAAAGAUUACUUAGCAGACCAGGCUGCAAUUACUGGAAGGAUGAGAGCAACUUUGAUUGACUGGUUGGUAGAAGUACAACAUCAGUUUCAUUUAACAUUGGAGACCUUCCAAUUGACAGUCGGUAUUAUUGACCGCUAUUUGCAGAAAGUGACAAACCUGCCCAAGAGUCGGCUACAGCUGGUCGGCGUAACAGCACUGUUCAUUGCCAGCAAAUACGAGGAGGUAUAUACGCCUACUAUCCACGACUAUAUCUUCAUCACGGACAAUGCAUACACUGUGACGGACUUGCGCAAGUGCGAGAUUGAUAUGCUGUCCAAACUUGAUUACAGCCUCGCAAAGCCGAUACCUAUCAGUUUUCUAAGAAGAUUUGUAAAAGCAGCACACGGUACGUCCACAAAUCAUCACCUUGCAAAAUAUAUGGUUGACUUGUGUUUAGUGGACUACUCAAUGGCACACUACAAGCCUUCAGAAUUGGCCGCCGCAGCGCUGUGCCUGUCACUGCACCUUCUGUCAGAUGAACCUCUAACAGAAGUAUGGACUCCUACUAUUAAAUACUAUUCGGAAUACACCUUGGAACACCUAGAACCUAUUAUUAGGAAGAUUGCCAACAUCGUGGUUGGUGUACAAAAGUCCAAAUUUCAAGCAGUCUACAACAAAUAUUGUAAUGUGAAAUUAGGCUCUGUAGCGACUCUGUCGAAGUUAAAAGGCGAAGCCAUACUCAAGCUAGCUGAGCAAGCGUAGGUAUUUAUAAAUGAUUAAUUUUAAAAAUAAUGAUUUGUGAUAGAUUUUGAUACUUGAAUGUAAUUGUAUGUAGUUUAGCUCUUUCGUAUACAGCUGACUUUCCAUUUUGAUUUCUUGUGUGAGGGUGCAGAGUAAAAUUGUAGUAACAGUCAUAUUUCAGAAAAUAACAAAAUUAUUGAAUACUAAAACACGAAAAGGGAAUUUUUUUUAUGUAUUUUAGAAUUAAAACUGUCGUGAGUGUUAUUCAUGUUUGGAUCGUGCCGCGUUGCAAGAACCAGUUUAUGACUAAGGGCCCCGUAUGGGUUCGAAACUAGACGGGCAUAUUACGACCUUAUAUCACGUCAGUUUUAGCCGUGUUUUAUAAUCAAUUAAUAUUUCAUGUAUUUCAUAACAUUCGGUAAAUAAAUAUAAAGGCUGAAAUUUUUUUUCAAAUUCGAAUUAUAGAAAACUUCUACCUUGGUAAAGAUUUUCAUAUUGUUUUAAAAUGAUAAUUUUGUAAGAUUUUCACUUUUUAGAAACUUUUUUAACUUUGCCUUUAGUUUCAAAAGCAUCUUCCCACAAGUUCAAUGGAAAGGCAUAAAUGUUACAAGUUUUAUUGUAAAUGUGUGUGUAUUGUUUGACUGACUUUUUGACAUAAGGUUUCUUUUAGGUACCUGUUUUAUUUAAGAUUUUAAUUUUUAGACAUAAUUGUAUAACUGUUAUUAUUAGUGAGUUGAUACACAUCAUUAUGUUGAAAUAAUAUUAUUAUAUUGUAAACGACAAAACAUUGUAUUGAAGGUAUAGAAUACCAAUAGUGCCAUAUUUUACGAAAGUUUUUAUGGUACAAAUACAAUGUGAUUAAUACCUAAUGUCGUGAUGUGACUUUUUGUAGUGAUGUACUGAUUUUUUUCGAACUUUACUGCGGUAUUUUGUAAACUCAUGGACAUGGAAACAUGGUUUAUGUUUGCUGCAAGUAUUUUUAAAUAUUGUAUUUAGAUUUUUUAUUUAUCAUAUCAUACUCAGAGGCACAAUCAUCCGCCCACUUUCAUAUUUUUGCGUCAUAUGUAAAAUGGGCGGAUAAUUGUGCCUCUGAGUAUAUUAUAUUCGAUGUCAGAUUUUCCAAUGUAGCGUGAUGUAUUCUAGGUACUAAUGUUAUGUUUAUUGUAUAAUGUAUUAUAUUGUAAUUUACAUGCAUAUUAUAGCAGUAGCGCGACUCCUGACUAGUUUUCCAAUGAAAACACGUGACUGCACAUACACUAUUAAAAUAUACAUGUAUACCUACCUAUUUACUGUAUUUCGUAUGUGUUUUGUAUUGAACAAUCACAAGAUGUCAAUUACAGUUGUAAUAUUUUUAACUUUAAGACGUAAUAUGACCAUUUAAAUUAACCUACAUACUUUGGCCUUGGAUGUAGUAGAAAAUAGCACAAAGCCUUGUGUGUGUGAAAACUCUAAAAACGUCAGGACAGCAGAAAUGCGUUGUUAAAUUAUUUAGAUUUUUUUUUAUUCUUUACAAGUACUCGCCUGCUGGUAAGUGAUGAUGCAAUCUAAGAUGGAAGCGGGCCUACUUGUUAGGAGGAGGAUGAAAAUCCACACUGUUUCUACAUGAAAUCGUACUGGAACGCUAAAUGAUAAGUGUGGCAUUUGAGACCCUGUUUACCCUAUCAUUAAAUUAGUGUAGGUAAAUGUUCCUACAAUCUGUUAUUGGUUAAAAGUUAAAAGUUUGAAAUCAUGACAAACACGUUAGUUUGAAGCUGUAGCUACCCUCAGCUCACCCAGAAUUUUUUUAUCUGACUGUUCUGCGUUAUUCAGUUUUAGAUGAGUCCCGAGACAAAAAUGACAAAAGUAAAAAAAAGGAUUUCUUUUCCCAUUGUGAGAAAUGACUAAACUUUAUCCCCCCCACACCUUUCAAGGCAAGGGCGCUUACCCACACACGUUUACGACGUAAGAGCAAAUAAUUACUUUAACAUGAAACUGAACUGACAUCGGACUUAAAUAGUGACAGACAGCUCACCCAGAACUUUUCAUUUUUAUCUGACCAGUUGUUCUGCGUUAUUCAAUCUAGAUGGGAUCCAAAUUAAAGAUAACGGAAAUUUAGCAUGUACAAUUAUUGUACAUUGUAGGUACACUAAAGUGAUUUAUCGCUAACAUAAUGUGCGCCACACACGUUUACGACCUAAGAGCAAAUAAUUAUGAGAUUUUAACUUGAAACUGAACUGACACGACCAAAAUAGUACUGAUCUGUAAGCAUUUAUUAUAGCUUUUUAAUAUAUUUUGUAUUUUUAUUGUACCUAGUGUUUAAAUUGUUUAAAAUAAAUUGAAUUGUUGUAUUUUAAUUAAUAAAGAUGUUUUAUUGAGUAAA